AAGUCUCAUGUAACUUGAAAGAUUGUAAGAUAAAGGCUGAAAGUAAUUUCAGUCUCUGACUUAGCCUCUGAAAAGUCUAGUGUCCUAAAUUGAGCUCAAGUUUAAUAUGAGCUAGAAAUAAGCCCACAUCUGUAAACACAGAUACUUACUAUUUUAAGAUUGUGCAGCUUUGCUGUGACUCCAGAAUUAUUCAUUUUAAUUUCCAUUAAAUAUGCUUUUACAAGACUUGAAUAGUCAUUAGACUUAAGUCAACUCUGCAACCUACCUUAACUUUAUUUUUUCCAUUGCUGUCUAUUCAUGAGCUUAAUAUUUGUUUCAUACUUGCCUGGUUGAUUAAGGUUCAUUUAUAACUUGUAUUGCUGUGAUUUGGUUAAGAUUCCACUGAACUAAGUGGUAAAUUAACUGCAAAUGACUUGCUUGUCUAGAUUCAUCGUAAGAAGAUGGGUGACCUUCAACUUUGCAAACUAGAUGAACUUGACUGCCUUAUUAAAGGAGUUUUGUACAUUGACUCAGUUGGAUUCAAUGGACAUUCAGAGUGCUACUACUUUGAAAACCCAACUGAUUGUGAAAAAUGUCAGAAGCUCCCAUUCAACUUGGAGAAUCCAUAUCCUCUCCUCUUGGUGAACAUUGGCUCAGGGGUCAGCAUCUUGGCUGUGUAUUCCAAAGACAAUUAUAAGCGGGUAACUGGGACCAGUCUUGGAGGAGGAACGUUUUUUGGUCUCUGCUGUCUUCUUACUGGCUGUUCCACCUUUGAAGAGGCUCUUGAAAUGGCAUCCCUUGGAGACAGCACAAAAGUGGAUAAACUGGUGCGGGACAUCUAUGGAGGGGAUUAUGAGAGAUUUGGACUGCCAGGCUGGGCUGUAGCAUCCAGCUUUGGGAAUAUGAUGAGCAAGGAGAAGAGAGAGUCUGUCAGUAAAGAGGACCUGGCAAGAGCAACUUUAAUAACCAUCACCAAUAACAUUGGCUCCAUAGCACGGAUGUGUGCACUUAAUGAGAACAUUAAUCGGGUGGUUUUUGUUGGCAAUUUCUUGCGGAUCAAUACAAUCUCAAUGAGGCUUCUAGCAUAUGCUCUGGAUUAUUGGUCCAAGGGGCAGUUGAAGGCACUUUUCUUGGAACAUGAGGGUUAUUUUGGAGCAGUUGGUGCUUUUCUGGAGCUUUUGAAUUCAGCCUGAGUCAUUACUGAUCCUGCACAUUCGACAUAAGUUGCAGGAGCUUCUACCCUAUUGGAACUCCUACAUUUAUUUAGCUUUUUUUAAAGCAUCUGUUAAGUGACUAUUACAGUAAUUGUACAUGAUUUAAUCAUUGCGGAAAAGGAAAGGACAAAUGAAUUUUUUGUAAACAGCUAAAAUUAAUCCUGAAUCUUAACGUAGAUUAGUUAAUAAUAAGAAAUAUAUAUCUUCUGAGCAGCAGUUUUUAUUCUAAUCUGCUACAUGUUUUGAGAUAGUGUGGGAAGGUGCGAGAUAGAGAGAGCAUAAGUCUCACAUUAAGCUAUCCUGUAAAGCCUUUUUUUAAAAUGCCAAGUGUCUACUUUGGUAACUAUUUUAUAUUUCACUUGCGAUGAUUGUAUAUAUGGGAUUGAAGGACUUUAAGUAUUUGUGGUAGUAUUGAAUAGUGUAUUGUUUAUGUAUGACAAUUAUUAAAACAGAACCCAGAAAUAUAAAAACUAACCUUUUUCCAAAAGUCCUUGUUUUUUGCCCUCUUCUGAACACUAUAGUGGCCUGUAAAAACAUCAUCAUACAAUCAGUAAUGGCUUAUUUUCUGGCAAGACAGUCACUGUGCAUAUACACUGUUAGAGAAACAAGAAGUAAGGAUUAAAUCUUUUUUGGGUCUUGCUUUCUGUAAAACUGCAUAGCAACUUCCUGUCAUCUGCACCCUGGUGACUGCUGACCAGACCUCUGGAUGUGAGGGUCAAACCCUUAUAAUGUAGUUUUAGCAACAUGCAGCAGAUAUCUCACUUGAAAUCCACUAAGAGUAAAUUUAAGAAUAUUUAUAACUAGUGUGUGUUACUUUCUUUUUUUUUUAAUUUUUCUUUUUUUAAAUAAUUGUAUGUAACUGUACCAAAAAUGAUGAUAAUGCUAUUCCUGAUAUACUCAGGCUGUUCUGUAUAACUUAAUGUUCUAUAGAUGUUUGUUGUUAGCUAGUUACUAAACAUAAUCCAGAUUCAGGAGGAAAAUCAA